CACUCGUUGGAUGGUGCUAGCCGUGACUCGUAUUUGAACUAAGGAGUUACUAGCUAUGUGGUCAUUUGCUGGGGAGAGAAUGCGAUACGAGUUAAAUACAUAAGAUCGAUUUGUUUGGGGUCGAGGGUAAUGGCGCCGUGUACAUGUCUGGAGGACGUCAGAGCGGACAAAUUGGUUACGUAACCGGAAGCAUGUGCAGGGAGAGCUGCUACUCUGAGAGUGAAGAGGAACUCAGUCUGUCAUGGACACACAGCAAGGAACUCAAAGACUCUCUCGUUGAUAUGUACAAAGCUAAUCCUAAAGUCAAUGAGGAGCUGAAACAAAGACUGCCCUCCCCAGUAAGGCACCAAAGCUCAGAGACCAAGCUGCCACAACUUGGAAGUACUGACUUGGGAGCCAUUUUGGGCACAACAUCAAAUCAACUUGUACUAGAGGUGCUUGACAAAGUCCCUCAGUAUUUAAGAUCCGUAGAGGAAGAGAGUCGGACAUCCAGAUCUCCCUCACCCCAGGCCCACCACAGGAGAUCUCCCUCACCCCAGGCCCACCACAGGGGUCCAGACGCAGGCAGGAGGAUGGAGGAGGAGAGGGCCUCCAGCCGGAGCCCAUUCACCCAGGACGGCUACAGGUCAAAGGGUCACAUCCAGGGGUCGAACAGCAGUCCUCCAGUCUACAGAAGACACAUCAUCCCUCCUGACUCCAGCCAAGCUCUCCAAUCAAGUAUGCAAGAGGACCAAGGAAACACUCAAGUUAGCAGCAGUUCCUUUGACUCCAAAAAGCAAAGCCUCGUCCUGGACAAAGAGAAGAAUAUUGCCUUCCUGCUGAAGGAGCUGGAUUCACUCAGAGAUCUCAAUAAGAAGCUCCAGGACAAGUUGGCCAUGAGGGAGAAGGAGUUAGAGAGCAGGCUGGUGGACGCUGAGCUGAUGGAGACUCAACUGGAUGCCCAGGCCUGUGAGAAGGCUGGAGCCCUAGUGGAGGAGAUCUACCAGGCUCAGAAGGAUAGGGACCAGGCAGUGAUGGCCCGGCUUCGUCUGGCAAACGAGGAGAGGGACGAGGCCCUGCUCAGGGCCAAGCACCUGCAGCAGGCGGUGGCUGACCUGGAGAAUAUUAACCCUGAGGAAAGUGAUGCGGACCUUGAGGAGCUGCUGAACAGGGUGAACAGUGCAGAUUCAGCGCUGGGUAUUGAGCGCAGCGGGGUGGUGAUCGUGGACCGGCUGCAGAAGGCCCGGGAGAGGAGGAGGAAGAUUACAGCAGAGGAGAUGAACGCUGUUAUAGAGGAGAGAGAGACAGCACUGGCCAGGUGCAAGCGGCUGGAGCAGGAUCUCCUACAGACGAGAGAGCAGAGCCAGACUUCAGCCAACAACUUGAGACAGCUGACUGCCGAAAACAAUCAAGAGCGUUCUCGGAAGGAGGACGUGGAGGCGGUCCAGAGAGAGAGAGACAGGGCCCUGGAGCACAGCCAGCAGCUGGAGGAGGAAAUACAAACACUGCGAACGUACCACAGCCUGCACCAAGCCCAGUGUGAGGCAGGGACCACCAGUCAAAGAGGGCAGGGGGCCUCAUCUCUCAGCUCUCCAUCCCAGACCCUCCAGACCAAGCCCCUCCAGCCCAGGGAAGCCCCCUCUGGUCUGGCCAGUCCCCCCCAGCAGCAGCCCCUCCUGGCUCAGCUCCAGAGAAUGGCCUCGGAGCACCAGAACACCCAGGCCCAGCUACAACACUCCCAGGAGGCAGCAAGGGAGGCCAACGAGAAAGUACAGAAGUUGGAGCGGCUGGUGGAGGUGCUGAGGAAGAAGGUGGGGACAGGCAGUGUCCGGACGGUCAUCUGACUGAGACGACGCCUGGGGAAGCAACAGUCAGUCCACUCAGUUCCUGGCUCCGUCCUAAAUGGCACCCUAUUCCCUAUAUAGUGCACUACUUUUGACCAGUUCCCUAUAUCCCUAUAGGCCACAAGUAGUAAAGGGAAUAGGGUGCCAUUUGCGAUGCAACCCCUGUCUGCUCUGUCCGAACUGGAGCAGCCUGACCGACCGUCCAGUCGAACGGCCACAUCUGGUGACCAGGCUGCCUCCCUGCCUUCCCAGACCCAGGCUGUUGUGUUUAACUCUGUGUAAACACACCCAAGCUUUAACUGGGCAAACAGUUGUUAGAAGUGCAGCACUCCAAAGCCUCAUUCCAGGCUGGGCUCAAACUGAAUUGUAAAUGUUUAACCACUUGGGUUGUUGGUUUGUUGCUUCCCACUCUCUUUCUCUCUCUUUCUUUCUUAAACUCUACAUUUUACCUUACUGAAAAUCAUGUAAACAAAUUUUGGGUCAUCAACUAAUUUCUGUAUUGAUGUUUGUGUUGCUGCCUAUCUAUCUCUCUGUUACAAGGGAAAUGCCUGUGUGCCUUGCUGCCUGACUUAUUGAUCAAAAAUGUAUUCUCUUUGAUAUCCCAGAUCAAUACAGUGUCCUGACAUAUACAGUAUUUCAUUGAAAAGGUUAGUGCUGUAUUGUAAAGGUUGUUGGUGUUGCCUGGAUUCGGCAUUGAUGCUGCCUUGGGCCAAAUAACAUGUGAUGUAUUUGGUCAACUCCAUGAUGCGCUCAAAUCAAAUCGUUAAUGGAAUUUGUGAUUUGAAGAACAUCACCUAUCAACUUCUGGGAUUUUUGCCUCUUGUAUUAUAAAGUCAGUAUUGCUGUAAUAGUUAAUAGACAUUUUAUGGUGUGCGUAUUGUAUGAAAUAAAACAUAUAAACAACUGA